AUCGCCAUCUUGUAAUUUUCCAUUUCCAAAACUUACAACUUGUGUUAGUUGAAAAACUAAAAUCCUAGUGUGUUUUCAGUAGUGUUUGUUAAAAUCUAGUAAUUUUCAAUUUGAUUGGCGGUAAAUAAUGGAAACCCAAGGUGUUGGUGUAGGUAAUGAAAAUGACAAUGAGGAUCUUCUGAAAAUAAAUAGAGACCAACGCGAUUCUGGAAUACAAAUUAUUCCGGUUCAGCUGAUACAAUCUUCAUCUGAAGUUACUGUACAUUCUAAAGGGAAAUAUUAUAAACAAACCUAUCGCCCGGCUUGGGAACUUAUGCCCGAAUUUAAAGGAUGGCUUAGAGGAGUGGAAGGCGAACCUACCAGGGCAUAUUGUAUGUAUUGUCAUAAAAAUUUACAUGCACAUAGACUUAGUCUUUUAAAACAUAUAUGUACCAUUAGGCAUCAGAAAGCAGCUCAAAUGCAUAAAGUUCGAAAGAAUAAAGAAUUGAACAUGAAAGAAGAUUCGUUAGAAAAUGAAGAUGACCGGGAACUUUCUAAUGAUGAAGAUAUAGAAAUCGACAACGAAGAAGAAGAAUAUGAGGAUAGAUCUCAAUUAAAAAAUUCAUUUUCAGAAGGUGCUGUUGAAAAAGAUUCUGAAAAACCCAUUAUUGAAAAGCCUCCGAUAUCUACCCAAGUCACUGACAUGACGAAAGGGAAACCUAUAUCUGGACUACAAGUUAGCUUGUACAAGCUCAUUGAUGGCCGAUGGACUUUUAUAAAUGAAGGAAUAACUAACUCUGCAGGAAAAUUUUUCCAAUUUAUUGAUAGGACUGAUUUUACUACGGGAAGAUACAAAUUGCAUUACGAUGUUGAUAGAUAUUUUGAAGCUAAAAAACAAGAUACCAUGUAUCCCUUUAUUGAGAUUAUAUUUGAUGCAAACUUAUUUCGUGAUUGUUAUCAUAUUCCACUGCUACUUAGUCCCCAUGGAUACACCACUUACCGAGGAUCCUAAAUUUUAUUUAAAUUAAUUUUAAAUAAUAUUUUGUGAAUUAAAAUAUUUGUAAUAAAUUAUGAUUAAAUUA